GCAGGUGCUUGUUCUAGCACAAAAAUCAUAAAGAUGUCAAACACGCCGUUCUAACUGGAUAUUUACAGCAGAUCUAAGGAUACACUUUCGUCUGAAUCUUCUCUGUAGUGCCAUGGAGACAGAAAAGAAUUCUGUGCCAGCUGGUGGUGUCAAGGUUGUAGAAAAUGACAAGCCAAACAGUCCCGAGCAACCGCCUACAAAAGCCAGAGAAACAAGAAGCACUAAAAGCCCUAGUAAGCAAAGUAGCAAAAGUCCUAGUCUUCAGCGUAAAAGUCCUAGCCCAGCACCGAAAAAACCCACGCCAAAAAAAGAAUCCAUCACCAAAGAAGAGCCACCAGUCCCUGUAUUGACUAAAGAAGUUCCAGAUCAAAAACCAAAUAAUGUUGAAAAAAUGGACGUUAUCCCACCUGACGAAAAUAAUGGUGACAUGUCGAAUGAUCAUUCUGAGAUGCCAGAUAUAAAGGAGACAGCCAUUGAGCCUCCACAAAAGGCAAAGAGAGGUCGCAGGGGCAAAAGAAAAAGAACACUUUCAAAACCAAAACUACAGCCCAUGACCCUUGGUGACCCAUUAGUCGGCCAGGAGGCAGGAGAGGCCCCCAUUCUAAAACCCAAGAAAGAAAGAAAACCAAGGCAAAAGAGAUCUGCUCCUGCUGAUGUUGAACCAAGAGUGACCCCUAAGCGUCAGAGGAGACAGUUCGAACCAUUUCAAGCCAUCCCUGCUCCAGAGAUAAAGAGAGUACGCUCGUACCAUGAAUCAUCUGACACAGAGGAGGAAGAAAAGGUCAUGGUCGCUAAAAGAGGGACUUUCCUAGCUGUCAGGAAUGAAGAAGGCACAUUUUACCUGUGUCAGACUCAACAGGAUGUGUACAUCAACAAGAAACCUUUCCGUAUUCAGUGGUUGGAUAAUACAGAGACAGGGGACUCAAACAUAUACAAGAAAGAGUCAUUUGAUACAACGCAGUUGCAUUGUGUUAUUACAAAGGUGGUUGUCGAGAAAAUUGGCAAGGAGGAAUACAGACUCCCAAAAGCUGAGGUGAACAGGACCACAGAUCUACUCAACAAGGCUAAGAGUGGAGUGAAAUUGACCAAGCUAACUGGGGGCUCUGUACAACAAAAAGAUGGACUUGAAGACUCCCCCUCCCCCAAGAAAGUGAAAGAUAGUCAUAGCAACAAUGUUGGCAACACCAGGCCUAAGAGGAAGGUACAGAGAGGCACACUAGUGGUCAGGAAAGAUAAGAAAUCUGAUAAACAAAAAGGAAAAGAUAAGAAGGGCCCAACUAAAGCUGUAAAGAAAAGUGUGCCAAAGAAGAUGGCGCUAGUGAGACAGAACAGUAGUAAGGUGGCGAUUGCCAAAACAAAACUAAAGAGGGCACUGACAGUCACUAGGACGGGGUCGGGAAGUGGGGAAGGACUGAAAGCAGCAUUACAAAAAGCAAGGAAGAUCAAACAACAGGCACAGAAGGCUAAAGGUCCCCUGGAUCCAAACAGAAUGCUAAAACCAAACAACAACAUUAAAGUACUGGACAAAGAUCUCUUGUAUGAAACUAGACAACCCCUUCCAUUUAUCUCCAGUAGCGCCCAGUCUCGACUCUGUAUAAGAGCGGCCAUCUUGAAUGACAAGAAGAUGUUACAGGAAAUGAUUGACAAUAGGAAGCAAGUUUACUCUGCUUUCCUUGGUCAGAGUGAUGAACAACUCCCUGUCAAUAAAACAGCAGCACAUAUAGCUGUUGAACGGGAGAACCACGCUAUGUUGAGAAUUCUGGGUAAAGAACGUUUGAAAAGUGAGCCUCGUGUUGGUAGACCGAGUUGCCUCUUAGACCAUAGAGGAACUGGGAGGUACAAUAGGGCAUCUUUGGGAAUUAGACAUGUUCGUAGACUCAACAUGAGUAGAGGGAGCAAGGAGGGCAACAAUGCGCUCAUAAGAAAUGAUAGUGAUGAAGAAAAACCAGAACUACAUCUGUGGGCCCUACAAAAGGGUGUUUCCAUGGAUACCAUCAAUGUGUUGACAGCUACUGAGCUUAUUGAUAAAGAUAAUCUGUUCUCUAAUAUCUAUUUCGCUGUGAGACACGGGCACAGGAUACUGGCAGGAAAACUCAUAGAGCUGGGAGAGAAGACACAAGGCUUGGGGAUGAAUCACCUUCAUAAGGAGGCUUUACUCUUCAACAAAGAAGAUUGGAAAAUUCCAAUUAGAGAGGCCUCGGUCAAGAAGAAACCUUAUGAAAACAAACAAAUGACCCCACUGCACUGUGCAGCAAUCAACCCAAACACUAAGUAUCUGUCCAAGUUACUGUCCAUCUUCCCUGACCAUAACCUGUGUGACAUGGAUCAGCGUAGACCAAUACAUUACGCAGCAGCUUGUGAGGGAAAGGGACCCCUUGAACUAUUACUAAACAGGGGCGUAAGUGCAGAAGAGGCAGACAAGAAAGGAUACACCCCUCUGAUGAUUGCGGUAGAGUGUGAUCGUAUACAAAAUGUACAUGUUCUUAUGAAGAAAGCUCAAGCAGCAAUUGAUGAGCAGCGGAAGGAGGAGGAGUCCCAGCGACCUCGUAAAAUGGGGAAGUUUGAGGAUCCUGCUCCCAUUCCUCCUGUUGGUAUGGUAGGGAAAUAUGGUGUAGGGGGUGUCAACAGAGGGAAUAGAUCAAGCUGGUGUGCUCUACAUCUUGCGAUACAGUAUGCCAGUCUGGCCAUGGUAGAAAUACUAAUAGGAUAUGGUGCUAAUGUAGAGAGACCCCUUAGUGCCACUCAAAACAAAGUGACUCCUUUAAUGAUGGCUGCCCGUCAAGGUGACCUCGCUCUUGUGAAAUUAUUAGCAAAAACAGCAAAGAUUGAAAAGAAAGACAGACUUGGUCGAACUGCUCUUAUGCAUGCUGUGAUGAAUGGCUACACUGCAGUGUCAUCAUACCUGAUACAACGUGGGGCUAAUCCAAGCCAUGCUGACACCUCAGGCAACACCUGCCUCCAUUAUUCUUGCGCAUAUGGCUGGUACUUUGUUACUGAGAUGCUCCUCAAGGCAGGGGCUGACCCUAGCACACCCAAUGACUGGAAAUUAACACCAUUGGGGGCCUCAUAUCUGAAAGGUCACUCAGGUCUCACAGAUUAUCUACUGGCUCUACCAGGAAUUGAUAUUGACUUUAGGGAUGAAUCAGGUAUGACACUCCUGAUGAAUGCCCUGACGAAUAAUUGGGGUGAGGAGGACGCCAUCUAUAAUCAAGUGUGGAAGUUAUCCAAAAAGAAAGGUGCCAAAUGCACACUAGUUGAUGUUGAUGAUACGACUUGCCUUCACUUCCUGGCCAAUAAUGAAGUCCCUUGUAAUACUGAAAAGAAUCCUAAUCGUAUGCAGUCUGCUAUGAAGGAAAGUGUUAAGAUAGCUGAAUAUCUAGUGAGUCAAGGCUGUGACCCCCAAGCUGUAAACCAAGGAGGCAUGACUCCACUAAUGGUUGCUCUAGGCCAGGACAACAUGAAUAUUGAGCUUGUGACGUACCUAGUGAAACAAAUGGGUGACAUCACAGCUGCAGUGGAUCUGGACGGCAAGAACACAUUGCAUUACCUUGCCAAGAAAUGCAUGGAGCUUCCCAUGUUGCAACUUCUCAAGACAAUUAUAAGUCAGGCAUCUGAAAAGGGAAUGGAGAAUCUGAAGAAGAUGGCUAGAAUGCCAAGUAAGAAUGACAAGAGCCUGAGUGUAUCAUACCCCACUCAACACACUCCCCUUCUCCUGGCUUGUUUCCAUUACAAGCGAUGUAAGAAAGAAGCCAAGGAAAAUGACCCACCUUCUGUCCGGGAAGAAAUUGAUAAAAUCUGGGAGAAUGGCCGUGAGAUUAUUCACCUUCUGAUAGAGAAACUCGAUUCUGAGAUAGAGUAUGUCGUUGAAAGGCGACCAACAAGUGUGGGAGAGAACGGCAGUUCGAGUGAAAAUCAAACAGUUACAACUGAUCACUACUGUGCCUCCCACUUCCUCAUCAACGUGAACUGUGAACGCCCCCAAGGUAAACCAGCAUUCCACAUGCUGCUGAAGUAUAAACCCAACCUUCAGAUAGUGGAUUUCACGCUGAGGCCCAUGCUGUUAGAGCUGACUAUGGUAGGAAGGCUAGAGUGCAUACAGACACUGCUAGCUGCAGGGGCAGAUGUUAACUGUGUAUCACAGCGUAAGAAGGAAGAGAACCUGACACCUAUCUUGGAAGCUGUAAGACGUGGCAACUUGGCCAUCAUCAAGACUCUAACAGAGAAUGGAGCAGAUUUGACCAUAUUAGAGGAGAAUACCAAAAACACACUGUUGCACAUAGCAGUCAUCAAAUAUUGUGAAAGUAAAAGACCUCGAGACAAACUAGAAGUCAUCAAAUACCUACUAGAGAAAGGACUCGAUGUGAAUGCCAGAACUGACAAAAAUCGCACGGUGCUCCAUCUAUCUGUGAACUUCAGCUCGGACACAGCUGAUGAGCCAAGAGAUCUAGAGAUAUUACUUCUGAGAAAGGGGGCGGAUCUGUUUGCCAGGGAUGUCAGGGGCAGACUUCCAUUACAUUACUGCUUUGUUAAAAUUGGAAACCAUAAUAUAAAGUCAAUGAUAGAUCCAAUAGAGAUAUGCAGUAUGCUGCUUACAGCAAUGAAAAAUGUGGACGUUGAUGCUGUGGAUAACUUUGGCCAGAUGGCGCUACAUAGGGCCGCUCAUAGGGGUGCUACUGUAUGCUGUAUGCUCCUUGUACAGAAGGGGUCUCCUGUCGAUGUACCAGAUUUGGAUGGCAAUACACCAUUGGCUCACAGUGUACUGGCUGUUCAUGACAGUUGUGCUUUAAUGCUGAUCCAGAAGGGUGCCAACAUCAACACUGUUAUAGUGACCAACCCUAAAGGAGUUGACAAAUUGGAGGAAGAUUCCAUUGUGGAGUAUACAGGGGUGGUAGAAGAUAUCAUGCAAUCCAAGGCAGUCAAAGAGCUGGAGCAGCUUGAUGCUAUUCAUACUAAGAACAAACUCAAGCCAGCCUGGCGAUGGUUGAGUAGACAGUGGACGAAACCAGAAGUUCCACCUAGGAAAGGCUAUCCACUUUUACAGAAUGUGGUACAGAAUGGAUGGCAAGGGGUCACCUACAUAGUGCUGGACCUUUUAGGGCAGUUUGGCAUGGAGUAUGCUGCUGCUGUAGAGGUGGCACUGAGGAUACAAAAAUUCCAAUUUUCUCUGACAUUAGUCAACAAACAGAUAGAAGAUAGUAAGCUGCAAGUCUUUAACAAGGAGAAACAGAACCUUAUACAUACUUUAACAAAGGAGGCCUGUCCCUCUACCAAACCAGAUUUACAAUUAGAGUUGAUCUCCAUACUGCAAGAGAGAGGCGUCAGUAUGGAUAUUCCAGAUAUGUAUAAUUGCACACCACUCACCUACGCAUGUAUGAACCGCAACUACCCACUCUGCAAUUAUAUACUAGAGAACCAAGCGGGGGUUCAAGUGAAUAACACGGACAAGUUCAAUCGCACUCCACUAGCUGCCUGCUUGUGGAACACAACAUCUAACCACCAAGCACCAGCAUUAAGUAAAUUAGUGGAGUCCCUGAUCCAGAAAGGUGCCAACCCAAAUCAGCUUUAUGAUUUCCCACCAGUAGAUCACAUAAGUGGAUUCCACCAAUCAGCAGUUGGUCAGGAAUACAUGCAUAGCAAGCAUUCUCAUAAGGUUUCCCCUCUCAUUCUAUGUGUGUGCCUCAACAGUAACCUUGUGUCAACAUUGCUGGGCAAUGGAGCUGACAUCAACUUCCCCGAUGACAGAGGGAGAACUCCCAUAAUGCAUGCUGUUAAACUGAAUAAAAUGUUCCUUGUCCAAAAGUUACUCACCAAGAAUGGGGACACUAGUCUAAUGAAGUCAUCAGAAAAAGAUGAGGUUAUAAACAAUUUCAAGAUGACAGCCACCAAUAUUAAUCUAGCCGCACAGGACUGCGAUGGUAACACAGUUCUACACCAUGUUGUGACAUCACUGGAUGCUGCGUCAUAUGAUAAUGAGAAUAUACUCCAAUUAUUAAUCAAAUCAGGUGCUCCAGUAGAGACAAAGAACAAGCUGGGACAGACUGUUCUAGACCUUGCCCUACAUAAUCACACAUAUAACAUAGUUAACAGUCUACAACUCAGGACCAAAGAUAAGAGAAAACCAGACAAGUCUUUCAAACCAUUCCCAGUGCAUGAUGGGAUGGAUUGGCCCAAACCAAUACCAAACUUCUCGGAGGAUGCAGCCUUGAUGCUGGAAAAGAUAGAGUUGGAUGAAAUGAAGCAAAUCGGGGAAGAGGAAACUCAAAAAUUACAACCUGACAAGCGUGCCAAAGUCACUAAUGGUGAGAUCCUGAUGGACUCAACACAAGACAUUGGCUAUGAUAUUUUGAUGACCAAGGUGGAUGUACAGUUUGGAGCAUAUGGCCUUUAUAACUACUACAAAAUGCAGGUGAUUAAACAGAAGACAGAUGACCUAUAUGUACUGUUCAAUAACUGGGGUAGGAUCGGAGACAAUGGCCAGUACCAAGCCACACCCUUUUCCACUGAACAAGAAGCAGUCAAAGAAUUUACAAAGAUAUUUAAAGCUAAAAGUGGCAAUGACUGGUCAAAUAUUAAAAAUUUUGAAAUUCAUCCGAAAAAAUACAGAUUAGUUGGAGCAGAUAGGAGGAAAAAACAUAAACGUCCCCAAGUGACCUUCGACGUCAAGAAAUCUGAACUGACAUCCAAACUACCAAAAUAUAUCAGGGACUUCAUGGAAGAAAUGUCAAAUCUGACAAUGUUGAAGAACAAUUACUCCAACUUAGGGCUAGAUACUGAUGUUAUUCCAUUUGGUAAACUACACAGGAAUACACUAGAGGAGGCCAGGGCCUUACUUGCUCAAAUUCGUCCAAUAAUUCAAGAAAAGGAAACUUUAAGAGCUCAACAGACGACAGACACUUUGGAAAAAUACCAUGACAUAUGUCAAAAAAUUGCCGAUCUCAGCACUGACUAUUACUCUUUGAUUCCAAAACAAGGCUUUGAGUAUGAAAGACUUGCACCUAUUGACAACUUACAUAAAUACAGCAGUGAAUUUGCACUGAUAAACAACCUGCUAGAAUUUGAAGUUGCAGAACGUGUCUUGCUAGGUGCACAACUCAGGAAAAAUGAGAUCCAUCCCCUCGACUAUGUGUACCAGGCAUUAGAAUGUAAGCUAGAGAUAAUACAGGAAACAGAUCCAGUGUCACAACAUAUACUCAGAUAUGUACAUAACACAGAUACCAGUGUUGAUGUUGAAGCAAUAUACAAAUUCUCCCGUGGCAAUGAGGACAAUGCAUUAUGGGAAGGUAACCUUGACAACCACAAGUUGUUGUGGCAUGGCAGUAAAGUUACAAAUCUAAUCAGUAUUCUAAACCGUGGACUGUUGAUAGCAGUACCUGAAGCACCCAAGACAGGCUACAUGUUUGGAAAGGGAAUAUACUUCGCAGAUAGCUUCAAGAAGAGCAAGGCAUAUUGCCAUGGCAGCAACACAAAGUAUAUGCUCUUAUGUGAGGUUGCUCUGGGAAAGGAAAAACAUUUUGAACAGUCCGAAUACAUGGAGCAGGCAGCUACUGGGUGUCACAGCACUUUAGGGUUAGGGGCUAAUAUGCCCAACCCAACAGAUGAUGCGGUCCUCAACUCAGGUGUGAAGAUUCCACUAGGAAAACAGAUUCACCGACCAACUCCCCAAGUUAGAAGUGAAUACUGGAAGAAAUAUGGCUGCUGGCCUCUACAACAGAAUGAGUACAUAGUUUACAAUGAGAAACAGGUCGCUAUUCGUUAUAUCGUGCAAUUUAGGAACCAGUCAUGAAUAUGGUAACCAUUGGUAACCAUGCUUUUAUAUUUUAGUACACUGGAAUUAUUGAGAGGGGCAAUAUAUUUGUGCUGCAUAGUUCAUAGACACACAUUGUUGUGAUGUCAUAGACACACAUUGUUGUGAUGUCAUAGACACACAUUGUUGUGAUGUCAUAGACACACAUUGUUGUGAUGUCAUAGACACACAUUGUUGUGAUGUCAUAGGCACACAUUGUUGUGAUGACAUAGACGCAUAUUGUUGUGAAGACAUAGACACACAU